CCUCACACUACUCCUUAAUUUCUCUUACUAAUUAUCUGAAGAUAUAAGUUUAUACAGUUUCAAAGCUUUAAGCAUGUUGAGAGCACUGAGCACAAGGACUAGCCGUCGUGGGUACACAAGAUUAGUAGCUGAUGAAUCUGCGGCCAUCAGUCUUUUAGAUGAAAACUUGAAGAGGUCUAAAACACUGCCUGCUCGAUCAUAUGAUUUAACUGCUAAAUUAGCCUUCCCGCAUGAUAUUAAAGUGAAGCCUGCUCCUAAGAAGCUCAGCAAGAUUGCUACUCAUCCGCUCUUUACUCUCUUUGAUACUCGUCGGAAGAAGAAAACUACGGCGAAACCCGAAUUGGCAAGAUACUUGCAGUAUAUGAGGGAAGGUGGGACAUGGAAUGUCAAUUCUAAUGCGCCUGUCAUCUUCUACAAAUGAGAGAACAUUUAAUUACUCGUCUCUUGUUAAUUGUUAUUCGUUUCAUUUUUAUAAUUUUAAUUUUAAUGUGAAAAUAUUGAAAUUUUAUUCCAUUCUAGCUAAUUGUAUGCGAGGGUUGGACAGUUUUUUUUUAAAAUAUAAUGUGUAACAAAAUUUAGAGAUUUAUUGAGAACCUGGAAUAUUUCUAUUCGACCAA